AUAAUGUCCCAAGGUGUUCAUGUCGCUCGUUGUGGUCGAUCGCUUUGCUUGCGAAUCUGGAACAACGGGACUACUGGUCUUAAGCUGUUUUGGCGGGGAGCUCUGACUACACCUUGCGUUUAGCGUUUAGCGUUUAGCGUUCUUACCAAUGAUGGUUGCGUUCUUUAGUUUAGGUUUGGAAAUGAGAUUCUUAAAAAAAGGGGUAAUGAAAAGCCUGGAAUCCAAAUUAAAUAGACACAAGUGGGACAAAACUAAGGCUUUAGGGGGACUUGAAAAGCGGUUUCGCCAUUUUCUUGAGUGGGCAUUUGGGCCGAGUGGGCUUCCGUCCUUACAGAUCGUUGCUUCUGGAGACUUCGCCAUGAGCUAUUCCGACCACAACGUUAUUGUCUGUAGAGACACAAGUGAGAGCACCAAUUUUCGAAUCAUCCGCCCGUCCCACCCGCAGAUGAAGAGCGUCCUCUCAGAAUAUCGUGACGUGCUUCGGGCCUGCCCUUCCGAGCCCUCUGUCCGAGUGAACGGACACGACCUUGCGUUCGAUCAGAGAGGAUGGAAACCCCAAAUUUAGGGAUUCCAGAAUCAAAUGGCCUAUACUCACAUACCUAAAUACCAGGUAGCUUACCUACUUUAGGAUCUUCGUUGUGUAAUAUUAUGCCAAUCUAGAUACAAUGACUCAUAAGUGUGUUCAACAAUUUGGUUUUUCAUAUACCUGCUGAGGUAGAGUGCUCUUGAAUGCGACUAUAGUCAAAGUAUUCGGAUUCAUUUAGACUAGUUAACUACUUUCAGUUUAUUUUUUUGUUAGCUCUUAACACACCC